AUGUUUGCUCAUCUUCCUGGAGCUGAGCCAACAAAUUAUCCGAAACCGUCGUCCACGGAGAAAGAAAAUGAAGAACAUACAACAAACAAAUCUCCUCAAACCUCUGUCACUUACAUCUACACCGCCGAGGUAGCAGAAUUGUGCAGUAAUGUGACAGUUACAUGGAGCAAGAAUGUUAUGAAUUGUUCUCUUAGCAUUAGUGUAGAAAAUCCUUCGGAUGAAAGUCAUUACACUUGCAAGAUUGACAUAAAGACUUGGCAGUUCUGGGGCAAAAAGGGUCUAAAAUCCUUUGAAGUAGAUGGAAAAAGAGUAGACCUUUACUGGGAUUUUCGACAAGCGAAAUUCUCAAACCAUCCUGAGCCCUCUUCAGAUUACUAUGUCGCUUUGGUCUACAAUGAAGAGGUGGUUUUAUUGCUUGGAGACAUGAAGAUGGACGCUUUCAAGAGAACCAAAAAGAGACCAUCACUGACAGAACCUAUCUUGUUGUGCAAGAAAGAAAAUGUGUAUGGGAAGAGAUCAUUCUGUACCACAGCAAUGUUCCAAAAAGACAAGACAGAACAUGAUCUUGUCAUUGAAUUUUCUUUAUCAGGACUCGGUGAUCCCGAAAUGGGGAUUAGCGUAGACGGAUUCGAGGUGAUUCGAGUAAUGAAUUUGAAUUGGAGAUUUCGAGGCAAUGAGAAUGUGAAAGUGAAUGAUGUGGGGGUGCAGAUUUUCUGGGAUGUUCAUGAUUGGUUGUUUAGUGGCUCGAGCACAAGUCAUGGAUUGUUCAUUCUGAAGCCAGCAGGACAAGAAGGUGGGGAUGAUAGAGUUGGAAGCGGUAGACAUUGCAAUGGCAAUGCUGGUGGCAUGUAUGAUUCACCAAAGGAGAGGCCUUCCCCACCUGAGUUUUUCCAUGUCAUAAAUGCUUGGAAAUCUGAGUAG